AUGUAUUCCCAAGAUAUUGGAUACUCAAGCGAUAGCGAGUAUGAUGUCACUCUUUCACCAUCAUCUGAAACAUCAAUGGUAUUUGAAAGCUAUGACCAUGAGCUGGAUGCACUUGUAGAGAAGUACGAAGAAGCGGCCAAGAACGAGACAGAUUACCUGCUGUACACACAGUUUUUAAAUGAAUCAUACCAAGUUGGAUGCGGUCUUAGUCCAGCCAGAACAUACACUCCUGCUUUAUAUGGACCUAAAAGUAAAUCUACGUCGAUUCCAACUCAAGCUGGUGGUACAAGGAGCAGUUCGCCAACUUUAAAGACAACCACAACAGAAAGAUCUAGGAGUAAGGCAACCACAAUAGAUAGGAGUAAUAAAUCGAUGCAAAAUGUCAUAACGAAUAUAUGUGAAUUGGAAUACCCAGAUUUAAUAUUUUUAGCAUACGCUCCAUCGUUUCCAACAUACCGAAUGUACAUAGUAAGUAAGGAUAUGAUAUGGAAAUAUGACUUAAAUAAUGAAAAGAUACCCACCAAUGCUGAACAAUUUAUAAGAUAUUUGCCAAGGGGAAUUACGAACGUAACACAUGUUUUUCAAAGUAGCAAUGGAGAUUUAAUUGGUGUAAGUAGGAAUUGUAUAUACGCAGCAGCAUUUCCUAGCUUAAAAAUUCAUAUAGAUAACAUGGUACCUGAAGUUAAUAACGCAAGAAGUAUUACCGGUUUAUUUCAAACAAAUUCAGGAAAAAAAUUUGUUUGUUUUGAUGGUUCAUUUAUUGAAUUUAAUGAUAAAGGUAUUAUCUCAAGAGGACGCAUAAGUGACGUUUUUCCAGGAAUACCAAAUGAAAUUACAUCAGUAUUUAAUUACAUUGAUGGACAUAUAUAUUUCUUAAAGAAAAAUAUUUAUUACAAGUUUAAUGAAUUUACAAGAAGUGUCGUUGAAAAAGGUAGUUUUAACUGGAAUUUGUUUGGGUUCCCAUGUCCUGAUAAUGAAUUAAUAAAACAACUGAAAUCCUUAUUGUCUAAAAUAAAUUUAUUUUAUGAAUAA